UUUUGAGACAAAAUGUUCAAUUAAAUAUAGCUUUCAUACAAAAAGUACCUGACAUUGAAGUAUUUUUUGAACUGAGGUGUACUUACAUAGUCAGAAUCUUACAGGUGCUCUGAAAAUGGCGGAUGAAAUUGAAACCGAAUCUGCGUCUUUUUUGUCUACUUUUGCGUCGGAACUGUUUGGCAGCCCCCUUAAUUUGUGCUUAUUAGCAAUAUGCCUGUUUCUUCUAUACAAGAUAUUCGCUGGCAGACGAAAUGCGACUCAGUUCGAGCCAAGACCACCGGCUUUAGCAAAAUUGAAAAAACAGGAUUUUACACUCGAGCAACUGCGGGAAUAUGAUGGGAAAGCCAAAGAUGGACGCAUAUUGAUGAGUGUAAAUGGCAAAGUUUUCGAUGUCACAAGAGGAAAAAGAUUCUACGGUCCAGGGGGUCCAUACGGUGUGUUCGCUGGACGUGAUGCUUCAAGGGGUCUUGCCACAUUCUCUCUCAAUGAGCAAACAAUACAAGAUGAGUAUGAUGAUCUUAGUGAUCUGAACAGCACACAGAUGGAAAGUGUACGAGAAUGGGAGGAACAGUUUAUGGAGAAAUAUGACUAUGUUGGAAAACUUCUUAGGCCUGGAGAAAGUCCAACUGACUACUCAGACAAUGAAGAAGAUUCAUCGAAAGACGGAGAGAAGUCGAAAGAUGAUUGAUACUGACCUUAUAAGGAGAUAUUUACCAAAUAUGGAUAUAUGUACCAGUGAUGGUAGUAUUUUUGCAGAUGAAUGAUUUUAGCAUUAGGCACAACAGAUAAUUGGAAAACCAGGGUUUGCUUUUUGAAACACAAAACCGG